UUACUCAGACCAGCAGUUAGAGAGCCUGGCUACGACCCCAGGACGGAGGUAGAGCUUCUCCUCAAGACCCAGUCCUUCCGCAGAGCGUCCUAUAUUCGACCGCUGGCAAGUCGGCCAGCCCCGCCUGGCAGAAUAAGACUUCGAGGCUGGUCCUCGAAGAAGCUCUUCGUGGGAACCCUUAUUUGCAUAGACCCACCCCUAAAGAGCAUCCCGCCCAUCUGCCAGAAGUAUACGCUUCAUUAGCAUAGUCCCGCCCACGGACCGCCCGCCGGCGGAGAGCGCGUGGCGCCGCUCAGGUCCUACUUCGUGUCUGACUACGACCCCACCAUUGAGGACUCCUACACGAAGAUCUGUACUGUGGAUGGCAUCCCAGCCCGGCUGGACAUCCUGGACACCGCGGGCCAGGAGGAGUUCGGGGCCAUGCGGGAGCAGUACAUGCGUGCGGGCCACGGCUUCCUGCUGGUGUUCGCUAUUAACGACCGGCAGAGCUUCAACGAGGUGGGCAAGCUCUUCACGCAGAUCCUCCGAGUCAAGGACCGCGACGACUUCCCAGUCGUGCUUGUUGGGAACAAGGCAGAUCUGGAGACACAGCGGCAGGUGCCCCGAUCUGAAGCCUCCAGUUUUGGCGCCUCGCACCACGUGGCCUACUUCGAGGCCUCGGCCAAACUGCGCCUCAACGUGGACGAGGCCUUCGAGCAGCUGGUGCGGGCUGUCCGGAAGUACCAGGAGCAGGAGCUCCCGCCCAGCCCGCCCAGCGCCCCGAGGAAGAAGGACGGAGGCUGCCCAUGUGUCCUGCUGUAGCUGGGCAGGAAUGAGACCAGCACAAGCUGGAGGGAUCAGCUGCCUCACACCCUGCCGUGUGGCCUGAGGCCCCAGCUGAGCCUGUUUCUUCCUCUGGGUCUUCCCAGAUACACUACGCCCUCACUCUGACUUGCGGGCCCCCUCCGGGCCAUCGCCACUGUGUGCCUUCUGCCAACACCUCCUUUCCCCACCCAAUCCCCUGGUGGGGGGAGGGGCUCCCAGGUCACUGCUGUACAGAACUCCCCUCCUCAGAAAAAUAAACGCCACUGCCAACUUCA